AAUUAAAAAUCUUUGCUACCUCUUGAAUGGGUACACUACUACUACUACUACUUAGUUAGUGAACAUCGGUAAGAAAAAAAGCGAACAACUGGGAAAAUUAACUUCGCCUUCACUUGUUCGUGGGUAGAAGUUUUCAGAGUUAGUCAGUCCGAUGUUCAACAAAGUUCAUCUUUAACUUUAUUUACACCUAUACAUAGCUAUUCGCAUUUCUUGCAUAAUUAGUUAUAGGUGUACACUCUUCUGAGUCUCUUCACUUUUGCUGCAGUAGUCAAAUUCUAAUUUAUCAAGUUAACAUUACUUAAGUUGUCCUGGAGUUAUCUAAUUAGUUUUCAAAGGAAGUGACUGUGACUGACUGCUAGAAAGGAUCGCGUGGCGAUUAAAGCAAUGCCUCUAGUUAGGCACAUUCAUUCCCUCAUUCGUUAUGGCCCUGGUCGUUAUUCUGCUUCAGAGCUGUCGCUAUUCAGAAAAGGGGGUGAACUACUUACUUCUCAAGUUACAGUGUUCGUGUUGAAUUUAUGAUCAUUACUACUUUUACCUCUUUGUUGUAUCUGAAGAGUGUUCUUGGACGGAGUAAAGAACUCAAUGUGGAACUACUAGCCCCUUGGUGCUGUGGUUCCCCAGGGGAAGGAUACGAUGGGAGCCAGGGACUACUUCCUUAGUAUCAACUUUCUCAAAGUUCAAGUCAAACGUUCAGAAGAAGCGGGUCACGACUCGAUCUCGCAUCUUGUUGACGUUUCCGGAUUUUCCUGAUCGGUCGUCCUUGUCAGCAGCUAGCGCCUUGCUUAAAAGUAGUCGAAAACUCAAAGUAACCGAGUUACUGACUGAAAUAGGGGAGGUAGCUUAACAUCAAGGCUACUCUUCCUUCUUAUCAGUAUCUCACUUAUUCUGAUCAGUCACUUGCUUAUUUCAGUUUUUCGAAUAGUCGCCCACUACAUCGACGAGAGGGCACGACUGCGGUGACACGGCUACAUAUAACCCUAACGGAAAAAAGCGCGAGAGCCUAGACGAGGGCGGCCGGCGUCGCCCAAUGCAAUGAAGUGAAUAAAGUAGCUAAAAGCCGAAGCACUAAGUGCUACUUCAUCACAUUUUCCUGAGAUUGAUGCUCGAAAUUGAAGAGAAUUCCAAUUUUUAGAGAUAUAGUACUUGCUGAUAAAAUGUUCUUAAUCUUAGUGAUACAUAUCGAAACGUUCCGUUUACGUUUAGAGCUGUUCUUGAUGGAUGAGACGCAGGGUGGACAGAAGGCGUGGACUUCUUGGUAGUUGAUAAAAAUUUUAAUUUUCCUAUAGCCUCGACCUCGUGAAGAAGCGCUAAGGCUAACUUAGUAGAUCAUGAAGCCUUCUGAAUUGUUGAUGAGACCUUAAGAAAUUCUAGUGUGAUUUUAGCAUGAUUGUGCUAUCUACUUAUAAAAAAACAAUGUCUAAAAUGCAAAGAGCAGACAUGAACUUAGAUCCCACGCUUGCCCUAGCAACUGUGGUGUGCGCCAGUCACGGCUGCUGCACAAUUUCCAUCAGAGUAUACAAAGGAAUGAGAGACUUUUUCGAACUCGAUCCUGAAAGACCCGAGACGAAAAAUUUUUACGAGAAAAUGGAAAAUGUCGGCUCUUGAUAUCCCCAGUCUCGUGUCAUAUUAGUACUUAUAUGGUUAGCGAUGGUUUCUGAAAUCCUUAAGGGACUCCUUUAAGUGCCUGCCUUAAGGGCAGCGCUUUCCUUGAAGAAUUUCUACUGCGAAGAGCUGUUAUAACUUUCCUGAAGAGCAAGAGGAAAAACCUUCCCUAAGGAAGGUCCUUAAGGAAAAGCUGCCAUAGCCUCUGGCUAAUAUUAGACCCCUCCGUAAGGG